AAAAAAUGUAGAAGAUUUCACUGGACCUAGAGAACGAAGUGAUCUGGGAUUCGUCACAUUUGACAUUACGGCAGAUCUGCAGAGUAUAUUUGACUGGAAUGUUAAACAAUUGUUUCUAUAUUUGUCUGCAGAAUAUUCAACGAAAAACAAUGCUCUAAACCAGGUGGUCCUUUGGGACAAGAUCAUGUUGAGAGGAGAUAACCCAAGGCUGUUCUUAAAAGACAUGAAGUCAAAGUACUUUUUUUUUGAUGAUGGAAAUGGUCUCAAGGGAAACAGGAACGUCACUUUGACUCUCUCCUGGAAUGUUGUACCAAAUGCUGGCAUUCUACCUCUUGUAACAGGAUCAGGACAUGUGUCUGUACCUUUCCCAGAUACCUAUGAAACAACAAAAAGUUAUUAAAUUAUAAUGCUGAAUCCUAAGCAAGAUAUUUUUAUACUUGUAUAUUGUGAAUAAAUUUUAUUGCAGUUUCUUCUCACAUCCCUUGCAACCCUUUGGUGAAAGGUACUUAAUUUCCUCAGUUCUAACAGCAUAGGAAAAGGAAGUGAAAGUUCAGGGUGGUGGUUUUUUUGUUUUGUUGUUUUUGUUUUUUUUUUUUGAAAUAAAACAUUGAAGCUGAAACUUAAGGGAAAGGUAGAUUGCAGAGUAAUGGUUUUGGGGGGGAAACUGAGGAUUUUUUUUUUUUUUUUUUUUUCUUCUGGCCGUCUGGUUAUAGAUCUCUUUUUCUUUUAAAUAAACAUUUUUAAACCAGAA